GACGUCGGCGGCGCCGCGCCAGCGCCAGUCCGCGUGGACCGCUGGUCCCCGCGCGCCUUCGUGGACGCGUUCCUCGCGAAGCUGUUUCUCUUCAAGCUGGGGAGGUACGCGGACGCGGGCGAGGCGCUGUCGUUCAUCCUGGAAGACGCGCCUGGUCUCGCCAGCCUCUUCCAGACCGGAUACGACGAGGAGGUCGCGAUGGGGCUCCCGGCCUUCGUGGGCGGGGCAGACGACGGCGACGGCGCCCUGUCGCCGCAGGACUUCUUCCUCGAUGGGGGCGCGCAGAGAUUGGAUAUGCGAGAGCUGCUCCGCCGCGGCGCCUCCAUGGGCGGGCGACUGCGAUCGAAGCCUGAAUUGCUGGCGGUCCACGUGCCCCAGAAGUGGGAGCACGGCGACGGCGCGGUGGCUCCGAGGGCGGGGGGGGAAGACGUCGCAUACCGCCUGCGCGCCUACGUGCAGUACAUCCAGCCCGAGGGAUCGGAAGCCGUCCCAUCCCACGUCCUGAAUGACCCCCACGGCCAUUUCGUGGCCCACUUCGAGGAGGACGGGGGCUGGUGCACUGCAGACGACCUGGGCGAUCGGCCGCGCGUGGUCCAGUGGGCGCCUGGCACCGAGCACAAGAUACCUUGCGUGAUCUUCCUUGAGAAGGUGGACUCCAGGGCGGCCCGCGCCGAGGCGUGCCCGUGGCCGCCCGGGCCGGUCGUCGACGGCGCGGAGGGCGCGGGCGGCGACGGCGACGGCGACGCGGACGGCGAGGACAGGCCUGGCCUCGGCGGAGCGUCCGACAUGGACGAGGGUGGCGGGGCCGGCGACGUUGGCGGGCUGGGCGCGCGGAAGCGGCCCGCGGCGUCAGCGAGGAGCGGCGCCCCUCCCACGAAGCGGCUCCGCCUCCGAGGGAAGCAGAGCGUGGCUGGGAGGCAGCAGAGCCGCGCCGGGAGGCAGCAGAGCCGCGCCGUGAGGCAGCAGGAGAGGCAGCAGAGCCGCGCUGGGAGGCAGCAGGAGAGGCAGCAGAGCCGCGCUGGGAGGCAGCAGAACCGGGGCGGUCGGCAGGACCAGAAGCGCGGUUGCAAGCCGGAGGAGGUGCUCCGGCAGGGGCAGAGGCCGAAGAGCAAGGGAGACAACGCCGACGGGUCUUGGCAGGACGCCCAGAACAACGCCGCCGCCCUGGUCCUCCGCAGCAGGGAGGCGAAGGGCUUGCAGGCGGCGUGCGACGCGCGCCGGGAGUGCGGCGACCUGUUCUUGCUCUUGCACCUCCUGGAGCCGCUGGCCGCCACCGACGACCUCCUUAAGCACUGCCCGGACUUCUUCGUCUACGCGGGCGACGACUGCGCCAACCGAUGGGCGACGUUCCUGCGCGCCCCCGAUCGGCUUGACAAGUUGGCUGGCAGGCUGCGGGAGGCGCUCGGGGUCACGGAGAACGAGAUCUCCGACGCCAAGCGCCGACCGGAGAGCGGGGAGUGGCUCAUGCACCAUGUCGCGGAGCUCCUGGACGAGCGUCUGAACUCCGCCCACAGCGCCCACUCCGUGGCGGCCGCGGUCCGCUUGGCGGUGGGCGACGGGCCGGGCGCGCAGGACGAUGGCAACCCGCUGAGGGCGCACCUGGCCGAUGCGUGGCAGCGCAGACCCUGCAACCGCGGCCCGCCCCGGCACUCGGCCAUGCCUGCGCGCCUUCGGGAUCGCUCUGAGUGGUUCCAGUGCCCCGCGCCUGCGCUGCAUUAUGCCUGCCGCAUGUGCGGGGCCGAGUUCCCCAACAGGGAGGCGUUCAAGGCGCACCAGGGCAGAGUCCACGGGGGGCAGCGGUGGUACCAGUCGCAGUACGUGGCGCGGUGCGAGCUGGAGCCCUCCCAGCCGUCGCCGACCGAGGAGCGCCAGGUGGUUGCCAGGUUCCGCAUUUCCCAGUGCCGCGCCACCGUCGACCCCGUGGGCGAGCCGUUCGUCCCGAAGCCCGAACUGGAGGUGCAGAAGCAGCUGCUCCACGCGGAGAUCGUCGGCAGGAUCAUCGGCAAGAUCGGUCAGGGGGGGCCCGCGGAGGAGAUCUCCCUGCAGGCGGCCGGAGCGGCGGAGUCGGCAUCCCGCGCUCAGGCGGCGUGUCAGGCGAGGGAGCCCCGCGCUUUCCAGGCCUGCGUCUGCUGCGCCAUGCAGCAGUGGUCCGAGAACCUGCACUCGGAGUACCUCGUCGGCGACAAGUGCACCAUAAAGAACCGGGCCCAGUUCGCGGACUGCCUGUCGGCCGAGUGGCAUCGCCAACGAUGGCCCCUCAUACCGCGCGACGAGCUGAUGUCGUCGGCCGUGGACUUCCCCCGCAACGACUGCGAGGGCUCGCCGAAGUCCACGAAGAUACUCCUGCACAGGAGGCGCGUGGCGCCUGAGGCGCUCGAAGGGAAGGUGCCAGUGAAAGUGCGCGACGAUUGCCGGAGAGACCUGUGGUCUGAUCACCCCGAGGUGCCGCUGAUGGCGCUGGUUAGCGACCUCUGGCUGGGCCGCCGCCACCCACUGCUCAGGGAGGCCGCUCUCGCGCACCAGAUGCUGCUCGCGCUCGGCCGCGUCGUGUCCACGAAGAUCUACCUGUCCAGCAAGGGCGCCGACAAGGCCGUCCGGCAGGAGCAGCAGUCCUGGAGGCAGAAGUUCUUGCAGUACGCCAUGCAGGGCACCGCCAUCGUGUUCGGGAACGGAAACGUGGGCCACGCGACGCGGAGCUUCCCGCCGGAGCCCGACAUGUUCAGGGACACGUUCGUGGCCGUGUUCGCGGGCGCCGACGACGACGAGGAGGGUAUCCCCCUGACCGAGGAGCAGAAGCAGGAGAGGGCCUUGAGAGCUAUGAGGGAGGAGGUGGCGCUGCACGUCGACAAGGCGGAGUGCGACGCCCAGGCGCGGUUGUUGAAGCAGCGCAACUACGUGUACAAUGACCCGGGCGUGCAGUGCCGAUCGGACCUCGUGGACCGGUUCCCCCCGCAGCCGGACGUGCCCGACUUCGUGCUGGCCUGCGCGAAGUAUGUCCCCACGGACGCGGCGUUGGACGACGUCGCGCAGGCGCAGGGGCCCGCCUCGGCCACCACUGGCGCGCAGGCAGAGAUGAGCGCGGCCGCCGAGGACGCGCAGGAGCUGACCAAGUGGCUGUCCGUCCUUGAGGACCACAUGGACGACGUCAGCGAGCUCACGUCCCUGCCGGCGCUCCAGGGCGUGCUCGAGAGGAUGGAGAGCCAGGCGGGGCGCGUGGUGGCCUACGAGUUGAUGUCCAGGCUCGAGGAACAGGGGGGCGAGGAUAGGGCGCUGCCGCUGGACCAGAUCGGGCGUCACCGCCUGUGGGACCUCUGCCAGGAGUUCCACGCGCGCUGUCGGAAGAUCUCCCCCGGGGAGGACAUGGCGAAGCUGCGCUGGGGCGUCCGGGCGCUGGGGACGAACAACUGCCAGGCGGAGGAGGGCGCGGGCGACCUGGCGCGACCUGCAGGAGUCGCGGGGGCUCCCGCCGAGGACGACCCGCGCUCCUUGCAGGGGCCGCCCGGUCCCGACGGCCAGCGGAAGGCGAGGCUUCGGGUGCCCAUUUCGAGGAAGGCGGAGAGCUGGUGGAAUCCGAAGUACUGGUCCGUUUCCAGGCCCACGGACUUCUGCUACGGAGGCUGCGCCUGGGGCCUCGGCCAGCUCCCCCCGGACGGAGACGAGGAUCCGCAGAAGCAGAAGGAGGGUCGGCUCUGCUUCAGCGUGGCGCACUUCAUCAAGAAUCUUCUCACGCGGGAGGAGAUGGAGUACGACGUGCCUGGCGACGAGGAGAAGUACGUGGCCAGAGUCACGGAGACGACCACCAGCACCUGCACCUUAAUGAAGACGCCGGGGGCGUUCGGGGCCUCUCGCGCCUGCGCGGACAUCGCGCCGGAGAUGAUCGAGGAGGUGCAGCUCAGGGCGCAGCAGACGGGCGGGAAGGCCACGCUGCACGGCAUCCUCAAGGACAAGGACACCCCGAACGAGGUGCGGAAGGCCUUCGCCACCCUUGGCCAGGCCGCCGCCAGCCAAGUCGGGUCCGACGGACACAGGCGGGAGCUGCGUGGAGAGGGCGAGGCAUAUACCUUGCGCUUCGGCCCACCCGUCCAGUUCGUCACCCCGAAUCUGGCAGACACCAAGCAGCCCCUGAUCCUCAUCGUGCAGGGGGAGGAGUACUCCUUCGGCAACGACCUGACCGAGGCGGAGCAAGUAACGUUCAGCGAGAUGUCGCAGCGCAUCGCCGCGGACCCCGUGGGCCAGGCCGUGGUGUUCGAGCUGAUGAUGAGGCUGUUCUUCGUCCACGUCCUCGGCCUGCGCCAGGCUCAGGGCCGCGGCUCGCUGCGCCCGCACAUCCUCAUCUGGCUGCUGCAGGGUCAGCUGCCCGUGCUCUUGGACAUGCUGCAGCGCGACGAGGCGCGCUUCCAGGAGCGCCUGAACCUGUGGAUGCGGCAGGUGGUGCAGGCCGUGGUCGCCACCCAGCAGAGCGCCGUGGAGCUGCUGCCCCUGCAGCUGCAGGGGGGCGAGAACAAGUGCGGGGUCGCGGUGCCGCCGCUGCCUUUCGGGCCCAACGAGAAGCGGUACUUCAGAGCCGACGGGGGCGCGGAGAUGGCGACGGCAGAGCAGCUCGGUAGGGAAGGCGAAACGGAGGAGGCGCUGUGGUUCUACGAUCCCAGGGCAGACGGCUACCACAGGGCGAUUCGCGCCGAUCUACCGCUGCUCAACAACGACGGCGAGGCCGUAGACGGCGAUGCGGCGUGGACAGAGCAGAGGGCCGCGGAGAACAAGGGGUACUGGCGGCGGCCGCUCUCCAGCAGCGCCUCCGGCAUCUUCCCGAGGUAUCGCGGCGGGGGCACCCUGGCGGAGUCUCUCCCGAGCGACGAGUGGAUUCGCGAGAUGUGCCGCGACGCGCGCGAGCUCGUCAUCGGCUUCGGCAUCCACGUCUGCAGCCCCUCCUGCUACAAGUACCAUUCCGACAAGAUGCGCGGCUCGCAGAUCUGCCGCCACAACUUCUACAACCUGGUGACGCUGUGCACGUGGCCCGAGGGGGGGGACUCACAAGAGUGCCGGCUCCGCGCGCGCGGGAAGGCUCUGCGCGGCUGCAUCGGCAUCUUCCGGGAGACGGACUACGGCAUGGCCGGGCGCAUCGUCACCUUCCAGCUCCACCCCGGUGAGACCUCGACGAAGUGCGCGGCGGUCGUCCCGGCGCGGUGCAACGUGGACGUUCAGGACAUGAGACGGGUGCUGCCCCCGCGUCUGUGGAUGGAUGCGUCGGAGCUGGAACCGCCGGCGAACGAGGAGGACCGCAAGAGCUACAACCAUGGCCUCUACCCUCAGCGCUACGCCGACUUCUCGGUGGGCGCCCGGGAGGACUGGGGAUGGUUCCAGCAUUUGAACACCACGUCCGCGGAGAAGUGGGACCUCGUCGUAGUCACCGACUGGCACGAGAUCUUCAGGGAGCUCGCGAACCGCGACAGCCCCGCCGUGGACGGUGGCGACGCUGCGCGCGCCGAUCUCCAACGCGACCUGGAGCGGCACGCGCUGGCCACCUUCGUGGACGCCCACAACACGAGCUACUACGUGAACUCGUACACCACGAAGGUGAACCCCAGCAUGGACGACGUGCUCUGCAAGCUCCUCGACGGCGUGCGCCGCCUGAAGAGCCAGUGGGACGACAGGGAGGCGCAGGCCGCGGGCGGCGCCAGCGACGAGGCCCAGUCGACCGCCGCAGGAAAGCGCAAGGAAUAUUUCAAGCGCACGCUGCAGGUGCUGGCCCGCUUCGAGACCUGCUUCCGCAGGGCCUCCUGGAAGAGCGGCAGCGAGAUGGUCUUCCCCAUGCUCUUCGGGCACCUUUCCUUCAUGACGCACCGUUGCUGGAAGGUGUUCAUGCGGAAGUCCAUUUACCUCGCCGCGGAGCCCUGGCGCAGGCGGUAUGGCCAGGCCGACGCCGCGGAAAGCGCACCCGCCGCCUUGAUCACGUACGUGGUCCUUGGCACUGGACAGCAGGUCGCGAUGCCAGGGUGGCGCCAGGUGCAGCGCGAGGGCGAGCCUGUGUACGUCAGCCCCGACGGCGAGGAGUUCGACACGAUCGAGUACGCGCACCAGGCGUUCCAGAUCGCGAGCGCCAGUGGCAGCUCGCUGCGCGACGUGACGAAGGCGCUGAACAAGUUGCGGGAAGGCGAGGCCGAAGAGGCGCCCGAGACACCGGGGCCGACUGUCGAGGGCCUCGCGCAGGGCAAGUUCAGGGGCGCAGUGCUGAGCCAGCACGACGACUGGAUGCACCGCGGAGACCACCCUAUUGUCCGAGACAUGAGCUUGUACGUCUACAGCAUCUGGGUGUACCGCGUGGAACUGCCGCUGCAUGCCCUUCCGGCCGGGGAGCUGGAUCCCGAGGGCAGCGGGGGUCGCGCCCUGCACGUCGACAUCGCCUUCGGCUCGUCCUACUCGGCGGCGCGGAACUGGGCGCAGAGGCUGGCCGUCGAGCCGCGCAUCCCGAAGGCCGAAGGCUUCCAGUUCGUGAGCGCGGAGUCGAACGUGGAGACGCACUGCCUCAUGAAGUCGGUGCUGCUCCGGCCAGUGCACCUGCCGGACGCCGACGGCCCCAACGACACGAAGGAGCUGCGCUACCUCCGCGCGUACGAGCACAUGUGCGCGGCGCCGGAGGGCGAGCCGGAGUG